AAUUAGAAAACAGAUAUAUGUAAGAUUAUAAUAUAUAUAAAAUCUGUUGCUCAAUUUGUAAACUUGCUUGUACAAAUAAUAUCACAUGGGAAGUGGAAUAUUCAGUUUUCAAGAAAGCUGGUACACGUAAUAGUUUUCGCGAUUUGAACCAGUUUUUGCGAAUAAAUUGCCAUAAUCUAACACCAAACGAUUGUAUAUCCAUUUGAAUAUCUAUAUAGGGUAUGUUAAUUAAAUCAUCAUAGGGUUGUGUAACAUGUUGCAUCAUGUCAUCACAUCUUAUUAAUUCUUGUAAUAUUUCAAAUCUUGUAAUUCCGAAUCACUGAACUUUAUUUUAAACAUUUUUGCACAAAAAUAUCAACAAGAACUUUGAUGCUUAACUAUAUCGCAAGAAACGUGAGAAGUUGCAUUUAUAUCAAUCGAUUCAGUUGUUUCAAUUAUUAUUUCUCGUACAAUCGUUAUAGAAAAUUAAUCUAAUUAAAAAAUUUAAAUAAUAAGAUUGUCAUUUAUUAUUUCUACUUAUCAUCUUCAUUCAAGGAUGAUAAUUUCGACAACUAAUUUUAUAUAUUUAUUUUAUUUUAUUUUAAAUUAUUUUGAUAAAAGUAAAAUAUAAAAUUUCAAUAUCGAAAAUUGAUAUGAAAGAACUUCAAUGAACAACUUCAUGAAAGAAAUUAAAAAAUAUUAGAAACUGAUUGAUAUCACAACCUUUGAAAUAGUCAAGUGUCACGAUGAUUCCCAGUACAUUUGCAGUUUAGCAAGUUUGGCUUAUUAAAUUUGAAAUUUCAAGAAUAAUAGUGAAUAUACCUGGUACUUUUACGGUGAAUAAUAACAAAUGGAGAUAUGUAUGCUAAUAGACAAUCUUAUUAUUGCAUACGGCCUUUCGUUAUACAUAUACCGCGAAAGUUCAAUUGCCUCAAUAAGAAAAUACUACUCAAACGUCUUUCCUUCACAACAUUCUAUCCACAAAACUAUGUCGUGCGUUUCAAGCACGACAAUCAAAAAGGUAAAAUCGAUAGAUUCGAUCAUGUGUUGAACAUGGACAAUAUUCAGUAUUUGGAAUAUAUGUAUCAAUCAUGGAAGAAGGAUCCAAGUUCCGUGAGUGCUUCCUGGGAUAGGUAUUUUAAAUUAAUUGACGAGAAAGAUAAAGAAUCGCAGGCUUCCCACAAAUCAUCGUCAAAAUCGACUUCUUCAUCCUCUAUCCACGGAUCACCAUCUGGUUCACAGUCAGAAAAAUUUCCUCAACAAAGUGCAAGAUCGAAGUCAAAUGGUGAUAUGCAAGGUAUAAUUGGAGCUUUCGAUAUCAAUGCCACGAUUCGAGCUUAUCAAGCACGUGGUCAUUUGAUUGCCGAUACUGAUCCAUUGGGCAUACAAAAUCCAGAAUCGCGUAAGCUUCAAGGCACUCCUAAUUUACCACCUGCGAUCGUGGUGCGACAAUAUUUGAAGGGAAUGACCGAAGCUGAUAUGAAUAGAGAAUUUCCUCUUGCACCAUUUACUGUAAUUGGUGGCCCUAAACGAAGUCUUCCUUUGCGUGAUAUUCUAAUUAGAUUGAACCAAGUUUAUUGCGGACACUUAGGUCUUGAAUAUACCUACAUUCAUGAUCUUGUUAUGUUAGAUUGGUUAAGAGAUAAGUUUGAAAUGCCUGGUGCUUGGGAUCUUCCAGCGGAUCAUAGGAAAUUUAUUUGGAUGAAUAUUAUGAAGGCAGUAACAUUCGAAGGAUUUUUAGCAAGAAAAUUUCCCACUGAAAAAAGAUUUGGUUUGGAAGGUUGCGAAUCUUUUAUACCAUCAAUGAAUCAGUGCUUGGAAACAUCGGCGGAACAUGGAGUUGAAAGUGUUGUGAUAGGAAUGGCUCAUCGAGGUCGAUUAAACACAUUGAUCAACGUUUGCAUGAAACCGUUACAUCAACUUCUUACACAAUUUCAUUCGAUUGCUUUAGAAGGUUUUGGUUCUGGUGAUGUGAAGUACCAUUUAGGAACACAUGCAGAAAGAAUGUUAGAAAGAAGUAAGAAAAAGAUUCGUGUUGCUAUGAUGGCUAAUCCGUCUCAUUUGGAGGCGAUAGAUCCUGUCGUAGUUGGUCGCGUUCGAGCCGAACAAGUAGAAAAGAAUGAUGCCGAAUGUAUGUAUAUAAAAUUCGUUGAUCAAAAUAUUUUUAUAAUUAAAAAUUCAUUUAUACCAGAUGGCAAAAAAUCGGUGGCUUUUUUGGUUCAUGGUGACGCUGCUUUCUCGGGUCAAGGUAUUGUUUACGAAACGAUGCAUUUGACUAAUUUGCCGAAUUACACGACAGGUGGCGUUAUUCACAUUGUAAUCAACAACCAAAUUGGUUUCACUACGGAUCCUAGAUAUUCUCGAUCAAGUGCGCAUUGCACAGAUGUAGCACGUGUUGUAAACGCCCCGAUAUUUCAUAUACAUGGUGAUGAUCCUGAUUUAGUGACCUAUUGUAGUAAAGUUGCCAGUGAAUACAGAGCCGAAUUUCACAACGAUGUUGUUGUAGACAUCGUAGGAUAUCGAAGAUUCGGGCACAAUGAAUUAGAUGAGCCUAUGCUCACGCAACCUUUGAUGUAUAAACGUAUUAAGCAACAUCCGAAUGUGCUUAAUAUUUAUAGCGAUAAAUUGUUCAAAGAAGGAGUGAUUACUGAAGCAUUUGCUAAAGAAGAAAUUGAAAAAUAUUGGAACUAUUGCGAAACAGAAUUCGAAAAGGCAAAAACUAUAGAUUCGAUGCAAUUAGGUGACUGGCAUGAUGUACCUUGGACCGAUUUUUUUGCUACUCAAAGUCCUAAAAAUAAAAUUCCAACGACUGGUAUCGACAUAGAAAUUAUAAAAACAAUUUGUAAAGCGAUAUCAACUCCGCCUAAUGACAUCGAAUCCCAUACUCAGGUAUUAAGAGUAAUGGAAAAAAGAGCGCAAUUGAGUAAAUCUCGUCAGGCAGACUGGGCUAUGGGUGAAUGCUUAGCAUUUAGUAGUUUAUUAAAAGAAGGUUGCCCCGUGAGAUUGUCUGGUGAAGAUGUUGAGCGAGGCACCUUUUCUCAUCGCACACAUGUUAUUCACGAUCAGAGUAGAGAUAAGACGUAUAAAAAUAUUUUGCAUGAUAUAUUUCCGGGACAAGCAAUGUAUACUGUCACGAAUUCUUCAUUAUCGGAAUAUGGCGUUUGCGGAUUCGAGUUGGGUUAUUCGACAUAUAAUCAUAACACAUUAACAAUUUGGGAAGCCCAGUUCGGUGAUUUUGCGAAUACUUGUCAGGUCACUUUAGAUACUAUUUUGUCUUCCGGACAAACGAAAUGGGGUAGACAGGUAGGAUUAGUUCUUCUUUUGCCCCAUGGAUUAGAAGGACAAGGACCUGAACAUUCUUCUGCAAAAAUUGAACGGUAUCUCGAGCUUUGUGACGACGAUUUCUCCUAUCUUCCAACGGCCGAACCAGGAGAAACUAUAGAUCAAAUUAUGACACGGCAAUUGUUCGAAAUAAACUGGAUUAUUUGCAAUUUAACGACACCUGCAAAUUUCUUUCAUGUCCUUCGUCGUCAAAUCCAUAUGCCUUUUCGGAAACCAUUAUGUGUAAUGACGCCCAAAUCUCUGCUUCGUCAUCCUAUGGCUCUUUCGCCUUUCGCUGAUAUGGAGUCUGGCACUUCAUUUAAACCUAUUCUCUCUGAUCCAUUUGUCAAACCAGGAAAUAUACAAAAAGUGCUAAUGUGUAGUGGAAGAGUAUUUUAUGAUUUGGUGACCGAACGUCAGGGGAAACAAUUGGAAGAUAAAAUAGCGAUUAUUCGCAUCGAACAACUUUGUCCAUUUCCGUAUCAUUUAUUAGCUGAAGAAAUGAAAAAAUAUCCAAAUGCUAAAGUAAAUUAAUCUUUUAAAUAAAUUUAACUUCUUAAAUCAAUGUUAAACCAAAUGUCUCGUGCGUUUAGCUUAUGUGGUUACAAGAAGAACAUAAAAAUCAAGGCCCGUAUUUGUAUGUGAGAGACAGAAUAGCAUUAGCUUUAGGAGUACGUUUAGAAGAUUUGGCUUAUGGAGGUAGACCACCAUCAUCUUCUCCAGCAACUGGCAGCAAAGUUAUUCACAGAAACGAAUAUAACGAUAUGAUAACGAUGGCUUUGAAACUUGAUUGAAUCAGAAUUAAUUGAAUGUCAAAUAAAAGAUAUGACAUUCGUAUUGAUAUAUAAAAAAUAAAACACGAAGUGUAUGCAAGAUAUUCAAAUAAAAAUCCGAAUGAGUGAGUAAACGAUGAACAAAUGAAAUAAGAAUUAAUACAUGAUAUUUAAUAUACAAUGAAUUUUUCUUUGAAUUUUAUUUUUGAUCUUACAACUCGAAUACUCUAAAUAAUCAAAUAUCAUUGAACGAAUAUUAAUUCACACUUACCAAAAAAUAUCUGUAGGAUUUUUUUUUGGAAUAUGAAGAAGUCCAUUCGUAAUUCCACAUUAUAAUUCUUUUUUUUCUUUUUUUAGUAUGUGAUUAUUCUGCUUCACGAUUAGCGAUCACGAUAUUUUAAGUGAGGCUAAUAUGACACGUACUCACAUAUCUGAACUUGAGAAUUAUCUAAGGGAAUAGUGCUAAUUGUUAGCACUAUAUAUACUGCAAAAUAUAUCGAGAUUGUUAGUAACUUUUAUCAUAUUUUUUAUACAGUUGUGAUAUUUUUUUUAGUGAUAAAAUUUUAUUGUCUAUAAUAAUUUGUAACAUAAUAUUGUAUACAUAGUUUUAAACUUAUAAUUAAUAAAUAUUUAUUACAAUAUUUA